UCUCGGUGCGGUGGAUGAAGGUGGUGCCAGCGGGCGCGACGGCGGUGGCGCUGGCGACGACACAGACGACGGGGGAGCUGUCCAGAGGGACGCCAGAAGCCUUGACGAGAUCAGCGGCCGCAGCUCCGGUGACGAAAGGGACGAACUGGAUGAGGACUUUGAGCGCGAAUGGCAGGCACUAAUGGGCGAGACACAGAGCCGGCUGGGCGGGAUGUCGCUGGCACCUAUGAGAGCUGCGCCAGCUUCCGCCGCGGGUGGCGGUGGUUUCGGUGGUAGUGGCGGCGGUAGCGGCGGCGGUGAGGCAGAUGGCAGCGGAGGGAGCGUCACGUUGCGUAUGCUCGUCAAGCGCGGCGGCAAGGAUGAUAGGUCGCGAGAGCUGCAGGUUCCUCUUAGCUCAUCUGUGGCGGUUGCCGUACGGCAACGCGAGGAGGAAGAGGCACGAGAACGCGAGGAAAUGAAGCGGCUGGUGUUGGCGGCGAACAGGUAA